AAAGAAGCAGCACUUAUUUUUACGUACGGACUGUAUUUACUCACCUGAAGUUAACUGAAUUAACCCUGGCAUCUAAGAUGGAUCUUAAGUGUGCUCUGGAAGAAUGUUCAAUGGCACUGAAUUUAUUUCUAAAUAAUAAGUUUUCUGAAGCCCUGGAACUACUUCGUCCAUGGUCUAAAGAUAGUAUGUACCAUGCCCUUGGGUACAGCACUAUUUUAGUUAUGCAAGCUGCUAUGACCUUCGAACAGCAGGAUAUACAAAUGGGGAUUUCUACAAUGAAGGAAGCUUUACAAACCUGCCAAAGAUUCAGGAAAAGAAGCACAGUGGUAGAAUCCUUGUCCAAUCUAGUUUCUAAACAGCCGGUGGAUCAGUUAAGUGAAGAGGAAAUGCAUGCUGAAAUCUGUUAUGCUGAAUGCUUGCUACAGAAAGCAGCUCUCACCUUUGUACAGGAUGAAAAUAUGAUCAACUUUAUCAAAGGUGGUCUCAAAAUUAGGACAAGUUACCAAAUAUACAAAGAAUGUCAUCAGGUGCUUCAGAUGACUCAGGGGAACAAAAGCAAAAAUGAAACUUAUCACCAAUUUGAAGGAGGAGUAAAACUUGGAAUAGGAGCAUUCAAUUUGAUGCUGUCACUUUUACCAGGAAGGAUCCUUCGACUUCUAGAAUUUAUUGGAUUUUCUGGCAAUAGGGAGUUGGGCCUCCAUCAGCUACGGGAAGGCGCAUCCGGCAGCAGUUUGAGGGCCAUUUUAUGUACUUUCACCUUGUUGGUUUAUCAUACUUACGUCUCCUUAAUCCUUGGUACAGGGGAAGCUAACCUUCAUGAAGCAGAUAGUCUCCUUGAACCCUACCUCCAGAAGUUUCCAAACGGCUCCAUUAUUUUAUUUUAUGCUGCUAGAAUAGAUAUCCUGAAAGGAAACUUUGAAAAGGCGCAGAUAACGUUCCGCGAAUGCAUAGCAGCCCAGCAAGAAUGGAAACAGAUUCACCAUCUCUGCUACUGGGAGCUGAUGUGGUGCUACACAUUCCAGCAGAACUGGCUUCAGGCAUAUCGGUAUGCAGACCUGCUCAGCAAAGAGAGCAGAUGGUCCAAGGCAAUAUAUGUAUUCCAGAAAGCAGCAAUUUUGUGUAUGCUUCCAGAGGAUGAUGUGAAAGGGACUGGUGAGGACAUUGUGUCUUUGUUCAGACAAGUGGAUGGUCUAAAACAGAGAAUUGCAGGAAAAUCUAUCCCGACUGAGAAGUUCGCAGUGAGGAAAGCUCGACGCUAUGCAAGUUCUCAACCAGUGAAGCUGAUAUUGCCUGCCUUGGAAAUGAUGUAUGUCUGGAAUGGCUUUGCAAUUGUGGGCAAAAGAGCAGACCUCACUGAAAAUUUGUUGGUAACAAUUGAAAAAGAAGAAACUGCUCUACAAAAUGAAACUAGUCGCAAUGAAUACUAUAUGGAUGAUGUGUGCAUGUUGCAGUUACUGAAAGGUCUCUGUCUGAAGCACUUGGGAAGAUUCAUGCAAGCUGAACUGUGUUUCAAUCAAGUAAUUCAAAGUGAGAAGCAGAUAAAAUAUGACAAUUAUUUGGUGCCAUUCACACUGUAUGAGUUGGGUCUUCUGUACAAACAUCAGGAUGAGAGAGGAAAAGCAAUAAGAUACAUAGAAACUGCAAAAAACAACUACAAAGAAUACUCUAUGGAGUCCAGAUUACACUUCAGAAUUCAUGCCGCGCUUGACAGCUUGAAAGCGACUCCUGCUUCAACGCCUUGAGUUCAAUGAGAAGAGAUGUUUUUCAUGUACACAGUAGUCGAUGCAACCUUUUUGGAUUUUUCUUUUUUUCAAUCAUGGAAAGAAACAACUUAAUGAUUGUUUUCUGUCAUCUCUGAUUUGAUGUUUGUCGUUCCUUUAGACUUUCUUUUUCUCUAUGGCACAUAUACCAUAUCUACUUGAUACUUUAAAAAAGACCUUAUAUUUUACGUGAUAAAAAUAAUUUAAUGUUUGACUUGAAUAGGGGAUAUUUAA